CUGACGAAUGUGUGAACACUGCAGCCAGCCAUCACACACACACACACACACACAUGAAUGUCUCCGUGUGCGAGGUGAGUAUGUGUGUCUCUCUCUCUGACUGACGGUUGGUUUGAACUUGACGAUGUCGGCUGCUUAGAAGAGGACGAACGGGAUAUAAGGUGUAGGCAGCGAUGGUCCGACUUGCGGGGACAGCCGAGUGAGCCCCCAACGACACCGUGCACACACACACAGGGGAGACACACACACACAGGGGUCCAUCCACGCGCAGCACACUGCGGGGGCAACGCGGGGCAGGACUGCUGCAUGGCGUGGCGGCACAAAGUCAUCACCCUCUCCGUCAACUCGGGCCCGCAACCGAUGGCCUGCAGCGUCUCGCGCAGCUGCGUGCACGCCGUGUUGGGGAUGGCCGAUCCCUCCACACCCUCCACUGGCGACAGCAGUGGCACGCGGGGGGAAGGGUAAAGAGGUCGAAGGGUAAGUGGAUGGCGUGGCGGAGGAAGUCCAGCUGGGCCUCCUUGUUGUCCCACACCUUGCCGACGACCACAUCCAGGGGGAACAGGGCGCCCAUUGCCGCCCUCUGGUGGGCGGCCAUGAUCAGCUUGAACGCCUUCUCGUCAGGCAGAGACAGCACGGGUGUGUCGAGAUACACCCACACGGACAGGCCCGGCCCGCUGCUGUUGGUCGCGACCUAAGGGCUGGUCGUGUCAGUUGCUCACCCGCAGCUGGCGAUGAUGUCGGCGCCCCAGUUGAGGUCCGGGAAGGCGGACAUGAAGCUGUCGAUGAAGACAUCGAUGUCCCAGCAGCUCCCGCUCUCGGCGUCGUUGGUUGCGGCCAUCAUGGCGAUCAUCUCGGCCACCUCACGCUCGCCCAUGUCGGUGGGGGGUGGGGGUGACACACAGCUCCGGAUGCUCAACUCGUCCUCCUGGAGAGCGAGGCCACGCGGGCGGCUGUACACGUCCAGGGGAUUGACAUGACGGCCUGCAGCCAGCCAGCCAGCCAGCCAGCCAGCCAGCAACACACAACACCCACAUGAAUAUCAAACGGCCCCUCCCUCGCCCUCUCUCUCUGGUCCAUCCACGUGCUGUGUGUGUGUGUUGCUGUGUGUCCGGACCUACUUGAUCCUUCUUUGCCCAAAGCGCCGCCCUUGUAUCCCAUCUUGAGCAGCAUCUGGAAUCCCUGGCCGCACGUUUGCUGCACCUUCUCGACGACCCAAGGCAGCGACUGGAUGAACUUGUGGCACCGCUCCUGCCAGCUGCAAACCGGGUAUUUCUCCUCCCUGAGAAGCGGCCAGGGCUUGGGGGCGGCAGCCUGCAUACACACACAUCAGAUCCGUCCACACCAAUUGGUCCACACAGACACAGACAGAGACAGAUAACAGAUGCACAGCUUGUGUGUCUGUGUGUCUGUCAGUGGCUAUGUAUGGAUCCAGUCGUGUGCGUGACCGACCUUCUCGACGAGCAUAGGCGCCUUCUCCUCACGAGUGUGGGGCUCCUGCGGCGGCUCAAUGGAGCCGGCGGCCCUCGGCUGGGACUCGAGCACAAACUGCAAACAUACCCACAAGGCGGGCAGAUGCGCGAGAGGUCGUUCCGUUCAGUCAAGAAGUUAGUUACCUUAAUGGGGGGCAUUCGGUCGCCUUGUCGGCCACCAGUGAGUCCCAUCUCCACACGACCCAGGGCACGGUUGCUGCCAUGGCCACGCACCUCCUCGGCCAGCUGCGGCGGCCCCCUGAUGAGGCCCAUUUAGUCAUGCCGUUUGCCGCCGGUGGGUCGUAUCUCCAUGUCGCCCGAAGCGCCAUUGCUGCCACGGCCCUGCGCCUCCUCGGUCAGCUGCUGGGGUGGUUGCUGGGGAACCUCGGG